GCCGAAUCGGAGGGUCCUUGCAGCGCAGCCUCUCCUGAGCCCAGGGGCGAAGCGGCUCCGGACACUCGUCUCCCUGCCCCCUGGCGCUCCCCGGAGCCCACCCACAACUGCUCUCUGCACCCCGCAGCUGCUGCGGGAGCCCACUGCACCGCGGCCUGCAGCGCCGGAACAGCUGCUAACACAGACGCCGGAGCCCCAGGGACUGCCAGUGGAGCCACACACAGGAGCAUGGAGGAGGCAAAGGAGCCAGUGACCCCUGGCUCAGACCCUCUCCCCGAAAGGCCCCUGAACGUGAGGACUAGUGGCGUGGAUGUGGCCUGCACUGGGUCAGCCUCGUCGGGCCUGUGGCCACCUGCUAAGGCUCUGCACCCGGGGGAACCUGGCCCAGCCGGCAAGCCCAGCAGGGACAUGCGGCCGCAGGUGCACUCGGCCAUGCCAGAGGGAGCAGGGCACACUGGCAGCAUGGGGCCUCCCUGGGACAGAGGCCAGCAGUCCUGGGCAUGCUCCACGGGCCGUGGCCAGCUGACACUAGUGGCUUCUGGGCCACGGGAGCUGACUCUGCCAGGAGGAUGCGUGGAGGCCUGUGCCUGCGUGCGGAACGGGCGGGCGAGGCCAAGCCAGGCCCAGGCUCCCCCCCCGCUCCUGCCUGGCGACAGCAGCAGGCCCCUGGGGCAGCAGCCAGGCAGUGCCCGGGGCAGAGCGCUCCGCGGGGCUGUGCUGAGCGUGCGCCGGGCAGAGCUCCGCUCUCGCUACAGCAGCGCCCAGGACAUGAUCCACACGCUCUUCGUCUGCAUCUCUGGGGUGGCAGACCAGCUGCAGACCAACUUCGCCAGUGACCUGCGGAGCAUCCUGAAGACGGUGUUCCACAUCAUGACAUCCCAGCCCGAGGCCCCGGUGGUGACAGAUACCAGCCAGGAGGAAGAGGCGGGAGAAGCUUCGCCCUUGGCAGACUGUGCUCUGUGCUCCAGCCGCGGGGAGGGGAACGGGACCAGGCGAGGAGACGGCACCUCCAGGCUGCCCGAGUGGGUGCCGGACGGCACAUGCAGCCAGUGCACAGCAUGUCGGGCACCCUUCACGGUGAUCCGCCGACGGCACCACUGCCGCAACUGUGGGAAGAUCUUCUGCUCUCGCUGCUCCCAGCACACGGCGCCGCUCCCUCACUACGGCCUCCUGAAGCCAGUGCGUGUCUGCGCUCACUGCUACACCACGCACCUCCCUGCCAGCCCCCAGCCCCCCAGCCGCCCCUGAGCUGCUCUCGGCUGCCUGCGUGGACCAUCACACCCCCUCUGCCUCAGAAAGCGACCAAAGCUUGCUCCGGGAUCCCGGCAGCCUGCAGAGAGCACUGGGACACUGCACAGACCUUGUGGGGCGCUCCCGGAACGGCCCUCGCUACUUCUUGCAAUGGAGUUUGGAGCUUUACGUCAAGAAAUCGCUGUCCGAGCUGGAGGGUGGGCUGUGGAGACAGCAGAUCCCCGUGUGCACCCUCGCUGGAUCUGAGCCAGGCAGCCGCACUCCCGCUGCCUCUCGGUAGGAAAGGAGCCCACAGGGAUGGUGCCUGGGCCGGUGUGUGCUGCACUCCAGCCGCUCCUGCUGCUUGCUCUGAGCUGACCCCACUGGCAACAGAACCGGCUCCACGGGACCCGGCUGGCCUGGCCUGAACUGCUCCUCCCUGUUCCUAGUUAGAGGCGUUGGGACAGGCAGGGUCUGCUUCCUGAAGUGACUGCAGAGAACGCAGCCUGGGGCUGGCCACUAGCUUCGCCCAGCAGCCCCUGCCUCUCGUGCCACUCACCCAAAGCUGGAUGGGUUCAGCAGCUUGGUUAGUGUCCCAAGGAAGCUCUGGGCCCGGCAGAGCUGAUGCUCUGGGGACAUGGCUCUGGGCCUGCCCCGCAGGGUGCGAAGCGCUGGCUCUGGUGACAGUGGCCAGCCUCCCCUGCAGCAGCAAGGCAGGGCGGGGGCUUAGGAACAGGGGGAGGCCUCCUCCUCUCUUCUCUCCAUCCCCCCCGCCCCGUGCUGUGGGAGGGGAGCAUUGUCCUACUCGCUGAACAGCUCUGCAGCCCCUGGGCCUGGUGCCAGGAGCUGGCCCGUCCUCGCACCCGCUGCUUACAGCAGGGCCUGGGAAACCUCCGUGUUGUGUCUCGAGUGCUGCCCAGCCUUCCUCGGGGGCAAGAGGGGCUCUGGGUGCUGCAGGGUCUGCCCAGCCGAGGGCAGCAGCUAACAGGCACGGAGCAGGAUAGACGGCAGGCAAC